ACGGUGAGAAAGAGAAAGUAAUCUGCGAGAAAUGGGAAGAAACUCUGGUUUCGAAAAGGAGGGAUUGAAGAGAGGCAUGUGGUCUGCUCGCGAAGACCAGGUUCUCAAGGACUACGUCAAAAAGCACGGUCCAGGCAAAUGGGGAAAAACAGCAAGGGAGACUGGCAAGUUCAUUGUUUUCUUCAUUUUUACUCUCGACAUACAGCAGUGUGCUUCACUAAUAAUUGUCUGAAGAGAUGUGGGAAGAGUGUGAGACUGAGAUGGUUGAAUUAUCUGAGGCCCGGUAUCAAGAAAGGCAACAUUACAGAAGAAGAAGAAGACCUUAUCAUCAGGAUGCACAAACUUGUAGGCAACAGGUGGUCAUUGAUAGCAGGAAGGAUACCGGGCCGAACUGACAAUGAGAUAAAGAACUACUGGAAUUCCACUCUAAGGAAGAAGCUGGCAGGUGAAAAAGAAAAGGAGAACAUGCCAUCCCCCGUUGAGGACGAUGGUCAUCAAUAUUUAACCAAAUGCGAUGAAGUUCAUGGAGGAGUAGGAGGAGGAGGAUUGAUAUGUUUUGCCAGUAAUAUUGUUAAUGUAGAAGAAGAUCAUCAGCAUCGUUGUCUUGGCGGUACUAGUACCGAUACUACUACACUGAGUCUCGGAGUGGAACUCGGAAUCGGAGGCGGGGCAAACAAUGAUAUUCAACCAACUGGGAAUGAUCUCAAUUAUAACGCUAUGACCUGGAACGAUUCGAUAAUGGAUCUAAGUGGAGGCCAACUCGACAUAUCUGAAUUUCUCCAAACUGACUUUUUGAAUUUUUGGGAAGAAACAGAUAGGUUCAUGAAUUUUGAAAUGGGAGGUUGCAGCACCAUUAAUCAUGAGUUGCCAAAUAAUUGGGAUGGUUAAUUAUCUUCCAGGAGCAAUUAAUUUUUUUUUUCCGAAUUAUUGAUUCUCGCAUAUAUUAAUUCUUAAUUUGCAUGGUAAUGCCAUUAUAAUAAUAUAAUUGGUCUAUUCUAUAU